ACUCAAUUACUGGAAUUGUCAACUCUGCCAAUUUAUGUGCACAUUUCUCUUCCACUAUGAGCAGACCAAUUGUAUUGCACAUUUGUCUGGCAUUCUGUGGCCUUCUACUUCUCAACGUUGCCACACAAUGCGUGGCCUUCCCCAAAAUGGGAAGAAGGGAGAUAGCACAUGGUCUUGCAGAAACAGGGCAGCCAGAGAGGAUGAACACAGAUGACCCAGAAAAUGACUCUGUUACUUCAAAGUGCACUCCCCAGUUGGUAGUCUCUGAAGAUCCAAUGAUAGUGUUAGCGGGGCCAUCAGCAACAUCUUUAAAUAAAGUAUUUCCUAUUAACAAAGAAGCUCAUCCAGUAGGAACUGGGCUUAUGCAGCCUAAUAGUCCUGACAUUUACACUGCUACCGAGACAGUGAUCCCUGUGGAGGAGGAAGUGUUUGGGUCCAGCCAGCCAGAGAGAGUGUCUUCUGAAAGCCGACUCUCCAAGGCCAUGCUAACCAACCCUACCGCUGCAACCGCACCUCUGAAUAUGGAUGAGAAGGAGGAACUCUUCAGUAGUACCCUCAUUCAGCCCAUUGCGGAAGGGACCACAGAAGCAACACUGGGUUUUCUGAAGCAUGUGGAUCAUCAGUUGUUUGCAACUGAAAGUCAGGAAAGAGUUAGUCUGGGACAUUUCCCUUCCUCCGAUGUGAAUACUAAAGAAAUGCUGACCACCAGUCCAAGGACAGAGAAGUUUGAAGCCGAUGCAGAACAUAGGGCAAGUUUUUCCCCUGGUGCUGAGCCCGCAGCAGGCAUGGCGCCUGGAAGCCCCAUGCCUGAUAGGGAGAAGCCUUUGCAGAUGACAGCUGAUCAUACCCAGACUACCGCCACCAAGCACUGGCUCACAACCUCUGAGUACACCCUGAGUGUUGAGCCAGAAACUGACAGGCCGCUGGGAGCCCCAGGAGUCACAGUGAGUGUCAGCACUGCUGUUCCAGCUGCCUCUGUCAUAAGUGAUGAGUGGGAUGACACUAAAUUAGAGAGUGUAAGCCAGAUAAAGAUCCCAAAGCUUGGAGACAAUAUGGAGACCCAGGUGGGAAUGGCAACGUCUCAGACAGCCCGAGUAACAGAUAACGAUGCUAUGGAAGGUAUGGAAGAGGAUGAACCUUUGACAGAGGUUGCAGAUGUGGCUCUGGGGCUGCCAGAAGGGGAAACCCACAUGGGGACAGCCCUGCUAAUGGCACCCGGGGAGGAGCGAUCGUCUGCCUUCACGGAUCAAAGUUCCUUUACUCCCACGAGUUUGAUGGAAGAUAUGAAAGUCUCUGUUGUAACCCUCUUCCAAGAUACUGCAGACUUCAUGGAAUCCACUAAGGAGAAUGAUGCUAUGUUUUUCAUAGAGACCACUGUCUCCAUCUCGGAAUAUGAAUCUGAGGCGCAUCAACUAUUGGGACAUACAUUGAAAGACAUCCUCACUCAAGAGAUGACAACAGUUGUUCAAGAAACAGAAGCCACUUUAUCACUGGUGACACAAGAGCAGCAGGUUUCUACCCUUGAGGUUACCAGAGAAAAUGGUAAGAUUGAGGAAGGAGAAGAGCCCCCCUCCACCACAUCUGGUGUUCCUGCCGUUACUCAGCUGUCGAGGAGAUGGGAGCCUCUGGCCACGACACUUUCCACUGCGGCCACGCCUCUGUCUUUUGAAGUUACUUCUGCUCUGGAAGAUCUAAUGGACACCAUCACAGGGCCAAAUGAGGAAUUGUUCACACCAGUUAUGGGCUCUCCAGUGACUCCGCCUGGAAUAUUGGAGGAAGCACCCAGCAUUUUCCCAGCACUUUCUGAUUCUGAGGCACCCUUUGAGACAAGAACCAUUGUUCCAUCCAUUAGCCGUGUUAAUACAGCUGCCUCAUUUGGCCUGGAACAACUUGAAUCUGAAGAGGGAGAAGAAGAUGAGGAUGAAGAGGAUGAGGAGGAGGAAGAUGAAGAAGAGGAAGAUGAGGAGGAAGAUGAAGAAGAUAAAGAGGCAGAGCCCCUGGAUGAGAGCUUGGAUGGUGAUGCUGAGCUGCUGGGGUUUACUCUCCCUGGCGUCACGUCUCAGGAACCUGGUUUAGAACAAGGAAACCUGGGCCCUUUGGAGGGAGCUACCUACCAGGUGCCAGACGCCAUCGAGUGGGAGCAGCAGAAUCAGGGCCUGGUGAGAAGCUGGAUGGAAAAACUAAAAGACAAGGCUGGCUACAUGUCUGGGAUGCUGGUUCCUGUAGGGGUUGGGAUAGCUGGAGCCUUGUUCAUCUUGGGAGCACUGUACAGCAUUAAGGUUAUGAAUCGGCGAAGGAGAAACGGCUUCAAAAGGCAUAAAAGAAAGCAGAGAGAAUUCAACAGCAUGCAAGAUCGAGUAAUGCUCUUAGCCGACAGCUCUGAAGAUGAAUUUUGAAUUGGAUGGGAGUUUAAUUGGGAUAUUCGACUGUGUUAUUUUAUUUUUUAUUUCGGGGCAAAAAAAAGAACAGCAUCCUGCAACAUGACUACGGUCAGGCCAUCAGUCUUACUAUCUUCUGGGCAGUAGAUUUUUCUUGUACUGAGCUGAAAAGGCAUGCUGUAUACUUAAUGUAAUAGUCAGUGUUUGUUUUUCUUCUGUAGUAAAUUUCCCACAACCGUAGGCUACAACUCAUCAAUAUGCAGCGUUCAUGUUGCUCACCAAGAGUUGCUAGGUAAAUAAUUUGUAUUUUUCCAAAGGGCCUUUGCCUUGGUUUACCUGCACUAAGUAUAACGAUUAUUGCUGCCAAGGUAUGUUGGCUCUGAAAUAGAAAUCUUAACAAAGAAUAACUUGUGAUGACUGCAUUCUGCCUACUUGAAGCUAUAGGCUUCUGGGCCACAGUACAUCCUACAUUUGCAUCAAGACUAGCAGCAAGUUAGAAUGAAAUCUUUUUGUUGUUGUCAAGAAGAUCUCUCGGCACAUUAGGAUUGUGUCUAGAUUUGUAUGUACCUUGCAUUAUAUAUUCCAGUCUCCCAGUUUUAUUAUUUUUCAUCUUCUGUUUUUAUUCUCAUUUUUGGCAGGAAAAAAAAAGCACCAGAAAUAAUACAUUAAGUUGACUCUCAGUCUCAAUGCAAACUUGUUUUCUUAAAGAGUGUGAUUGAGCCCAACAGACCUAUCAGUAGAUUCUUACAUGUCUUUCAUUAAGAGAUGUUCUUUUUUGUGUGUCAUUUGACUUUGCAAGAAGAAAUGAGGAAGAAAUCAGGACGAAAAUGAGGGUUGGUAAGCUCUCAGAGCAUUUAUCUCUGCCAUUUGGCUCUGUGCUUGUGUGGCCACUAUUGUGAAUUAUUCAGAGUGCUGCUUUUCUACUUCUGGGGUCCUGGCCACACAAUGAUUGGGCCAGCACUGGUUCUUGCUUGGCUUUAUUAGACAACAGACAUCCUGUGGUGGAUGCAGGCUCAUUGGCCAGAGUCCUGGCACAUGAUGGAGCUUAUGAAAACCCAGCCUCUCUCAGGGCAUCCUCUUCCGGGGAUGUUGCCCUAUGUUAGAUCAUUUCUCAUUUCUUUUGCAAUGUAAUUCCUUGCCCUAUCUUUUGGAUCUGGGUAUUCGGGACUUCUUUAAGUCAAGUUUUUAGGGAUAGACUUGGCUCGUUUGCAUGGGGGAAUAAAGGUUACCACUAACACUGUCCUUAGUGCCUGACACAUAGAGAAUCUGUUCACGUUUAUUGGAGCCUGCUGUGCCGCAUUCGAGGCAAGUUGCAGUUAUUCCUCACAGCUACUGUAUGACGUAGGAUAUACGUUAUGACUUAGGACGUAUGUUUUUAUUCUCCCCGUUGACUAAAAACAGAACUGAAGCAGAGAAGUGAAAUGAUAACCCAAAAUUAUGCCCAGGAACAAUCAGGACAAGAGCCCACUUGGACUCAAAACUGUGCACCCCUCUCAUCAAUUCAGUGCCUUUCCACAUACUUUGCAGGAAGCAGUGACGUUUCAGAGUCCUUUAAAACCGGAAGUCCUUUAAAACAGGAAGCAGUGACGUUUCAGAGUCCUUUAAAAACCAAGAUUCUAAGGAAAUACAGGAGACCCUUGAACAACAUGGGAUUGAACUGCACGGGUCCACUUAUACGUGGAUUUUUCAAUACAGUACUAUAAAUCUAUUUUCUUUUUCUUAUGAUUUUCUUAACAUUUUCUUUUCUAUAGCUUACUGAUUGUAAGAACACAGUAUGUAAAGCAUAUAAUAUGCAAAUUAUAUGUUAGUUAGCUGUUUAUGUUAUCACUAAGGCUUCUCAUCAAUAGUAGGCUGUUAGUAAGGUUUUUGGGGAGUCAAAAGUUAUACUUAGAUUUUCCUUUAAAAAAUUUUUUUUAAUGUUUAUUUUUGAGAGAGAGAAACAGAAAGCAAGUGGGGGAGGGGCAGAGAGAAGGGAGAGAGAAUCACAAGCAGGCUCUGAGCUCUCAGCACAGAACCUGAUGUGGGGCUCGAACCCAUGAACCACAAGAUCAUGACCUGAGUCUAAGUCCAACGCUCAACCCACUGAGCCACCCAGGCACACAGUUAGAUUUUCAACUGUGCAGGCGGGGGGGGGUUGGCACUGUGAACCCCUGUGUUGUUCAAGGGUCAGCUGUAUGUAGUUGGUUGGCCAAGGAACAUUUCACAUGAAUUUCUGUCUUUGUGAAAUGAACAAUGCCUUACUAACUUCCCUUUUAUUCACACACUGGUCUCUUCCUCUCCCACCUCAGCUAUUUCUUUUACAACCACAUAGAUUUACUAUCACCUAUAGAGAACUAACAGAAAAAACUUUCUAGAAUCCAUUGUUGAAUGAUAGCUAGCAUGCAAGCAUGUUUUCAUCAAAUAAUUUCUUUUUUUUUUUUUUUUUUGCCAAAAGAUGUAAGCAAAUGUGUGAAGUUGGUCAAGAAAAUGAGAAGCUCAAAUACAGUUAGAGGUUAACAAUUGACAAAUAAGCUCAAAGUCGGGCUUUAAAAAUAAAAUUCAGCAUCAUGACACUCAUAAGUAAUUUGUAAUUUCAAGAACAGAGACAUCCUGAUACUGCAUAGGGUAUGUUUGUCUUUUCUAAGAGCAGCCCCUUGCUGUAAGGGUUCCUAAGGUUAGGAGGAGGAUGGGCAUGAUUGUUUUCUUAACAAGCUAUUUAUAGUGAACACACAAUAAACCAUUUCAUUCAGCAAUACCUGGGCAAUGCUAAUGGCUAUCAGUGCCUCAGGCUACUCUUAAUCUGUAGUUUUCACUAGACCAUGGCUAAUAGGUUGAACUUUCAAACUGUAGAAUAAUAAGGUCACAAAUAACAGACACAUAUUUUCAUUUUUUCCAGAAGGCCAUGGGGAUGAUAUGUAUGUGCAUUUAGGCUAAGCAGAAAUGUCUCCGCAGGCCUUUUUUUAGGAAGGUGACUGUUAAGAGACAAAGAGAUGACUUAGAUCACAGUAGAUUUCUGUAUGAACCCAUUUCACCACCUGGGUUGUGUGGAAGGUUCUGUAGAUGGCUCAACUGCUAUGCUUAUCUUGGCCACUUUCCUCACUGUCAGUGGCUGUGGCACAAUGAUGUUGAGUAGUUAGCUGAAAUUAUUGAGAGGUUGUUUAUCAGAAUUUUCAGAAAAGGUUGUCUUGUUCUAAACAAAACCCGAGAUUGGCGUGUUGCCACCAGAGGGGGGUGCUGGCUAGUGGUUAUACUAUAGUCCAGAUUAAAAGUAGUAAAUCAGGCACUGAUAGUUUUACCUAACAUAAGUGAUUGAUAUGCUCAUAUUUGCACAUUAAAAAUAAAAAGGCAAAUCUUUAUUCUAACAACGAACCUUAAAACAUUUAGCAGCAAAAUAAAUAAAGCUGUCUGGUGGGGGCUGCGUGAUAGCUGCAAGCUUCAGUUGCUAACAUCUUCCCUUCUGAGCUGUAUUCAUUUUCUCAGAACUGCAGCUGUCCCACUGCAGGGGCAGGGAUUGUAUCUUAUUCUCAGAGGGAGAGGCAGUGUUUCCCAAACUCCGGGUGAUUCCUGGUGGGAGCUGGCUCCUAGGAAUCACCUGGGAGAUAUGUUCAACACAACAGAUUCCAAGGCCCUGCCCCAGACCCAUUGAAUCAGUAUCUCCAAGGGAGGAGUUUGGGACUCCUGUACCCAGGCAAGUUAGAGAAUAGAGUUAGGAGGGCAUCUAUCCAGAGAACAGCUUCCUUAGUAAAGAGAUGAGGGAGAGCAGGUCCCAUGGGGAAGAAACGCCCUAGUCAGCUAUCCAAUAAAUCACACCUGCCGUUGUGGAGAAUGGAAAACAAAAGGAAAGAGAAAAGGGUAGAAGCUUCUAGAACGAAUAGAAUGAUGGGUCAGAGAGAAAAGGUCUCCUCCUAUGUCCCUGAUGUCUUUUUCUCUAAUCAGAAGGUAGUACUUUUCUUUCACACCUCUUCAGAUUUUCCUCGCCCAUUAGCUGCUUCUUUCAGUAGCUGCUAGUUUAAUUUAUAUGCAAUAUUUGGAGUUAAUUAGUAUCCCAGGGAAACAGAUUCCCUUAGCAAUGCUUUAGCCUUGGCUUCAGCUCAUAAACUGCCUCAGAUACAGUCUUCCAGAAACAUUUUCUUAAAGUACCUGUAUCUCUUACAUAGGUCAAUAAUGUUGUGGGGAAAUUGUUAAAGCACAGUUUUAGGACAUAUUUAAAGUAGUUUUAGCUUGGUCAGUCACAGCCGAUUCUUUAUUUCAUUAUUAUUAUUUUUUUUAAAGCUAAGACUUAAAAGUCAAAUGUUACAGAGACAUCAGAAAAUAAUAUAGAGCCAUAUAGAACAUUCUGAAUGCCUGGUGCUUUUCUCCACGUUCCUCUAGAUAUCUCUUUCAUGUGGAAGUCCAAGUGAAAUAUCCAAUUUCUGUGGAUAUGAAUAAUCAAUGUUUCUACCAGCUGCCAAAAAAGUAGCUUUUGGGAAUAAGAUAUAUCAUGUGGCUGAAGUUUAUAGCUAUGUGCCCUUUUGGCAAGGUAGGCUUUGUUAUGAUUACAGGGAAAUCUGUGAAAGAAAUCUCUACUUUUAAGGGUAUGUGAAUGUAUGGUGACAAGGAAAGAAGUGUGGGUAGAAGAAGAUGCAAGAAAAGUCACAAUGCAAUGGAAACGUAAACAUGGCACAAAACACUGGAAUGUGCUAGAGGAGGCCAAAGCUCCAUUGAAUGGACCGAUGCUUGGAAAAAUGAUACAGACAAGUAAGGAGAAAAAGGCAAGUGAGUUAGGCCAUUGGCAGGGGAAGGCGCUAUAAACCUAAAUUUGCUUCCAUCGUUUCCAUCAAAGAAAAUUAUCCUACACUAGGUAGAAAGGACAUGAGUGGGAGGGAAUUGAAACCCAAGAUCAACGAGAAGACAAAAGGAGCUUGGUUACUUUAAGUAAUCUCAGUUAAAUAUCUUUCUUAAUUAAACAAAAUUCAAAUAACUGUAUAUAAAUCUAUAGGAAUAGGAAACAAUUUGAAAGCAAAAUAAUGGUGUUGACCAAAUAGAAGCCCCUUAUUUGUAUGUUUAGCAUCCCCCAUAGGACACAGACCUUUUUGGGAUCUAUUUACUCCAUAAUUACCAAUUUUGGCAGUCAAAAAUAGCUGGAAACAUAAUUCUGUCGCUUAAGUUCUACAUUCAGCAAAAAUAAUCUGCGUUUAUUUUGUAAGCCACUGUUAGCUAUACAAAUGCAUUGGGAUUACCCUAUUUUGGGUAAUUGAUACAUCUAACUCGCUGUUAAUUAGCCUAAAUUAUUAUGUGUAUAUAGGAUAAAGGAGAGGAAAGAAAGGAGGAAGAAAGAAAGAAAAAAGAAAUUUCCUCCAGAUAACAGCAGCCAAAGUGCAAAGAAACAAAUCCUAUACUCCUCUCUUCUAGUAUGCUUAAAUACAGAAAACAAUAUUGGGGUAAAAACACACACACACACACAAACUCUCAAAUCUUCCAUUUAGUAAGGCAAAGGUCUUACUUUCCAUUCUCAAGAAGCAACAGGAACAAUAAUACAAAUAAUAACCAUUAAUAAUUUGUAAUAUGGACUAGUAUACAUUCUUACCCUAAGACAGCAGUCUCCAGAUCUGAAGUUUAAGACUGAUUUUGUUGAGAGGUGUAACCUUUUGUGGGAUAACGAUGGAGGAACUGAGGAGAAUUAACUACUGGGAGAAAAAUCCAGUUUUUCCCUUCAAUGCUUAUAGAUAUGGGAACAGAGUACAAAUAGAAUGGAAGGCGAAUGGGUGCGCACUUGGCUUUUUUUAUUACCUCUGAGGCUGGGAGGUCACUUGCUCUUGUCUUAAAACACUGAACUUGGUAUCAGGUUAGGACACUGGGGUUUAUAUUAACCAAUGUGCUGUACAUCUCCAUGUUUUCUUCCUAAUUCACAGUGAAAGAAAGGAUGGAACCAAUAGCAUUUGAAACAUUUCUCCAAUUUUAUGCCUCACAGAGUUUGUGUACUUUCAGGGGUCUUCAUGAUCAAACAGACCAAAAUAUACACUUAGGAAAGUAUAAAUCCAGUCUUCCAAAAAAAGGAAGAUGUUUGGAUACAAGGUGCUUCAAGCCCUUCUCUUCCAAAAAGGAAUUUUGGCACAAAAUCUCCAAUGAUCAGUUUCCCUCAUUUGCUUCUUUGUGUAAGAGAUAAAGGAAAGGAGAGGAAAUCUGAAAUGGUUCUGUAGUUGGACAAAUCAAAUCCCAAAAGUCAAGGGACAGAGGGUGGUUAGAGAUUGAGUAAAUGGGCCAUUUUAUCACAGGGGCAGGAUGGGACCCCCCCAAAAAAGGAGCAUCUAAUGCUGCCAAGAUUGGGGAUGUUUCUCCAGAGCUCGUAGCAUCAAACCUGAAACCGGAGGGAUGAGUCAGGGUUAGUCAGGUGAAGAGGGGGAUGAGAUGGGUCUUCCAGCCAGGGGAACCUCAUGUACAGAAGCCAGCAGUGAGAGAUCAUGGAAAAUUCAGCAGGGAGAGAUCAAGGAGUUAGUAUGGCUGGAGUGCUGGAUAUACUAGGGAGGUGAGGGUUGGGGUUGGGGUCGGGGGUGGAAAAUGGCAAUGAGAAAUAGGCAGCUGAUCCUGAAGAGUCUGCUAGGUCAUGUCAAGGAAUUAGGACUUCAUUUUGAGGGCAUUCCUAGAUGUCAUGGAAAGAUCUUAUGCUGAGAAGUGUUAAGAUCAGGGCUGAGUUCAUGGAUUGGCAAAGUUAGAGUCGGGGACACCAGUCAGGGGCUGGUGCAGCAGUGCAGGUGAGAGGUGACUGUGGCCUGGACCAAGGCUGCGGGAGUGAAUGGAAGGGAAGGAUGGUUCCAGGAGGGGUUUAGGGCAGGGAAACAGGACUCAGGGGUUGGCUAGAAGUGCAGAUGGGGGAAAAGACAGUGGUUAAAGCUGACCAGGGUCAUGACACUUUUGAGGCUCUCCAGAUAUUAUGGAGUCUAGUGUCCUGGUUUCUGAAGGACUGACUUUAUGUUAUUCCAGCACAGCUCACCUGAAAAAAAUACAAACAAAAAAAACCUUACAUGUCUGCCAGAAAUGUGUAGGCAACUUUAACUUUCUACAUAAUGUAUGUGAGUGUGUGUUCAUUCUCUGUAACUUAAUAGUAGGUUCCAAAGAAAAACUUUAAAUUUAAUAAAACUUAAAUGGAACAUCUGGCGAAAACCCUCCAAAUACCGUUAAAUGUUUAUAUGACUUUGGUUGAGCCCAGGUAUGAAUUACUAUCUGAGCUCUGAUUGCCUCUCUCACUUUGAAAAGACUGGUAAGUUUCUUAUUUUUUCGAUGAGAACCAAAGCUCUGGAUCUUGUGGGGUUUUUUGGGUUCUUUUUUUGUUGUUGUUAUUUGUAAGAACCAACUUGAUACAUUGUGUAUCUAUAGGAUUACUUUCUCAUUUCUUUUUCAGUUUUAUUGAGAGAGUUGGCAUACAGCUCUGUGUAAGUUUAAGAUGUAUACCGUGUAAUUACUUGACAUAUGUGUAUUGUGACAUGAUUAGCACAGGAAGUUUAGCUAACAGCUGUCUCCUCACAUAGUUACAAAAAUGUUUUUUCCUUGUGAUGAGAACUUCUAGGAUCUUCUCUUAGCAACUUUGAAGUACACCACAUCGUCAUGGUGUACUCAUUUAUCUUGUGACCGGAAGUUUGUACCUUUUGACCACCUUCUUCCAAUUUUCCCACACAACCUACCCCACUCCUCAGGAUCUUGUUUUCUUGAAAACAAAUCCAGGAGGCUUCUCUCAAGGCUGUUCUGCAUGAGGAUGAGGUCAGGGUUUGGGUGUGCGGCUACGAAGCCACGCAGGCUCCAUCUCUCAGCGCUGAGUGGUUUCUGCGAACUUUUGACAGUUGUCAUGGCUGAUCAUCAAGUGGUUAAUCUUCCUUAGCAUAUGAAAAAUAAAGUAGGUUUUCCACGGUUGCCAUGUCAACACAAGGCUGGAUUCUGGAGGGCUCAGGGCAACAAUGUAGGUUUGCGGAAAUGCAGAAAAGCAUGAGAAGAAAAUAAUUAUUACUCAGUCUCACUCCCUGGAAAUAACCAUUGUGAACAUUUUGGUCUGUAUAUUUCUAAUCUUUUUCUCUGUGUAUUUAUGAUAUGUUCUAUAUACAUGCUUUUAUUUGUACACAAAAUCAGGAUUAUCAUUUACUUGCUGUCUUGUUACCUCCCUAUAGCUACAAUUUUUCAUGGUUGUUUAAAAGGAAUAAAGGGAAAGAAAA